CAAAUUCCCCACACUUGGUUUUACUGGCUGUGUGUGAAUAGAAGACUUCCUAUUAAAGAGCUGCUCAUUAGUUUAAUGCUGUGUCUAACUGCUAGUUCAAGGCUGUAAAGUGGAAAUCGAAACAACCUGCUGAGAGAAGCUGUGUUCCUGAAAGGAAUUCACUCAUGGACCUCUGCCCAUGUUUUGAUUUUUCUGAAGAUGGGGUGAUAAUACUUGAACCUACGGCUGUCCAGAUACCUGUCCCAUCCCUGGCUCCUUCAGAGAUGUUGUGGACUAUCAAGAGGGACGAGCCGGUCAAGCUGCGGUUAUCGCAGUCUGGGCCAGGGUCUGAGACUCCAGUGACGGUCUACCAGAUGUUUCAGCGUACCGUGGAACAAUAUGGAGAGACCCCUGCCCUUGCUGUUAAAAAGGAGGGCCAGUGGGCAACCCUGACCUUUAGGGAGUACUACAACGAAUGCAGACUGGCAGCCAAAAGCUUUCUUAAGUUGGGCCUGGAACGUUACCAUGGCGUUGGCAUCCUGGGGUUUAACUCUCCAGAGUGGUUCAUCGCAGAGAUUGGGUCUAUUUUGGCAGGAGGGUUAGCUGUGGGUAUCUAUACAACUAACUCCCCCGAGGCCUGUCAGUAUGUGGCAGACAACUGUGAAGCGAACGUCCUGGUGGUGGAGAAUCACAAGCAGCUGACCAAAAUCCUACAGGUUAAGGACCAGUUGCCCCACCUGAAGGCUAUUGUUCAAUACAAAGACGAGCUGAAAGAAAAGCAACCAAACCUCUACACUUGGAAAGAGUUCAUGGAACUGGGCAAGCAGAUCCCUGAUGCACAGCUUGAUGAUGUCAUUGGAUCCCAGAAGGCCAAUCAGUGCUGCAGUCUGAUCUAUACGUCUGGGACCACUGGUCAGCCCAAGGGGGUCAUGCUGAGCCACGACAAUUUCACGUGGAUGGCGGAAGCUGCUGGCAAGACAGCUAAUUUUGGAAAUGGGACUGAGGAAUGUGUUAUAAGUUAUCUUCCACUCAGUCACAUUGCAGCUCAGCUUUCUGACAUCUGGAUUUCCAUGAGGUUUGGAGCAACCACUUACUUCGCAGAGCCAGACGCACUGAAGGGUUCCUUGUUGAACACGAUGCGCGAGGUGCGUCCGACAGCCUUUAUGGCGGUGCCGCGGGUGUGGGAGAAGAUUCGGGAGAAGAUGCAGAGCCAGAGUUCCAAGUCCUCUCUCGUGAAGAGGAAGGUGGCGGAGUGGGCAAAGUACGUCGGACUCCAGGCAAACUACAACUUCAUGAACGGGAGUCAAACUGUCCCCUGGGGUUACAUGCUGGCAAACAACCUGGUGUUUAAGAAAGUGCGGGCAGCACUAGGACUGGAUCGCUGCACAAAGUGUUUCACUGGAGCAGCACCCAUUACCAAGGACACACUGGAGUACUUCAUGAGCCUCGACCUGCCCAUCUACGAGCUGUAUGGCAUGAGCGAGAGCACUGGCCCACACACCAUCUCCAGUGAGGCAGCAUUCCGCAUCAUGAGCUGUGGUAAGGAGAUUCCUGGCUGUUCUACUAAACUGGAUAAGCCAGAUGAGGAAGGGAAUGGUGAGAUCUGUUUCUGGGGACGCCACGUGUUCAUGGGCUACCUCAACAUGACCGACAAGACGGAGGAGGCUCUUGACCAGGAGGGCUGGCUGCACUCUGGGGACCUGGGCAAGCAUGACCCUGAAGGCUUCCUUUAUGUUACUGGCCGCAUCAAGGAGCUGAUCAUCACUGCAGGCGGGGAGAAUAUCCCCCCAGUGCUCAUUGAGGAUGCUGUGAAAGAGGAACUCCCGAUCGUCAGCAACGCUAUGCUGAUCGGAGACAAGCGCAAGUUCCUCAGCAUUUUGCUGACCCUUAAGUGCAAUGUGGAUGAAGAUGGGGAGCCAACUGAUGAACUGACACCCCAAUCCAAGGAGUUCUGCAGGCAGACAGGCUGCCGGGCCAAUCGCCUGUCCGAGAUCACCAGCAAGAACCACCUGCCUGUUUUCAAAGCCAUCCAGGCGGGGAUUGACCGGGUCAAUGCCAAGGCAACCUCCAAUGCCCAGAAAAUCCAAAAGUGGACCAUCCUGGAGAAGGAGUUUUCCAUUUCAGGGGGAGAGCUUGGCCCAACAAUGAAACUGAAGAGGCCUGUGGUGCAGAAAAUGUACAAAAAUCAAAUUGAAGAAUUUUACUUGUAAAGUGAUGCAAGGAGCUGAGGAGAUCUGUUUUUAAAGAAGCUAAGGCUUUUGAACUGUGAAUAGGAAUUUUGUUUUGCUGCUUUUUCUAUGGAUCGUUCAUUUCUUAAUUUUGCACAAAACACCAUCACGUUUGUUAAAUGAAAUGUAGAAUUGCUUCCUUUUAAUUGCCAGUACCUAAAGGUGGUUGUUUGCUACGAACCUUAAUUUUACACUGAUUUAAACACUAAUUGUAUAUACACAGUUUUUAAAUGACGAUCGGCAUAGUGCCAAAUGUGUGUGUGCAAUUUCAAAAGCUAUUCUGCUAUUUUCUGAGUGUUUUUGCACUAUUAAUAAACUUGUUGCAAUUAUGUAUUAUUACUGUUGUAUUAUGGUGGAUUCUUACUAGUCUUUAGAAGGUAACUUUUUUUUUUUUUUUUUUUUUUUUUUUUUAAAUGCAUCCUGGACAUGUAAAAAAUGCAUGAGGUGUGUUCAAAAAGGCUUAGUGGGUGAGUCAGAAGUCCUGGGGUGGUUUGUCCUAAUAAAAGAACAUGUGAAAAGCACAUGCAGCCCUGUGGACAAGUGUUUGAGGAUGGAGCAUAUGUGAAUUGCCCAGAGUGUGAAAAUACAGUACAUACUGCAGUAACUCACUAUAUGCAGUACUUUCUUUUAAAUUGUGCAAUCUACCCUGUUAAUCAUGUUUUCCUGGUCCAAUGAGAUUGUAUUCUAUAGUUAAUUCACAAAUUACUAAAAUCUACACAAUAAAAAUAUCUGGUUUGCAUUUGUUCUGUCCAAGUUUCAUUUACCACCAAACAUUGGUUAUCCAGGUAACUGUGGUAUUCCUUUUAUCUGUCUCAACUAAAAUGUUAUCGCUGUAAUGUGAAAGAUAUUAGGACUAGUGCUAAUCCCUUGCUGCUUGCUUGCAUUCCUAGUUGACUUUGCUUUCCCCAGGUGUUAAGCACAUGUAAAUGAGCAAAUUCAGAAAUUCAGUUCUCUUUCCUUCUGCAUGGACCAGUUGCAGUUUACACGAGAGAUUGACCAAUGCCCAGUCAGCAUUAGGUUGCAUUCAAGAAAUGCUAUUGCUUGUGCUCUAGUUAUGUUUACAAUGACUUCUGGCACCCAGAAUGGAACAUUCUUUUCUAGAGUCUCUUCGUAUGCUUUGGUAAUGCAAGUUCCAAGCAUGGAAUGCCUGGAGAGGGUAGGCCAGUGCCACUUUGGAACAAUUAACAUCAUUCUGUGGGUCAGUGCAUCAAAUUCAAGGGACAACCUGAAGAAUCAGCAUUUUACGAAGAUGAACACACUUGCUUUUCUUCUGUAAUUGCAUUGCAAAUCUCAUGUUAAGAAAUGCUUAUUGCAUUACAUCAAACCAAAUCAUGCAAGGGCUGCUCCUAAGUGGGUAGGGU